AUGGUUGUAUUUGCACUUCUGAUCAUCAACAAGGCCGGAGGCUUAAUCUACAACCGGACAUUUGCGCCAGGCCUCCAAAAGCUCGACUCCAACGACUACCUGAUCCUGGCAGGAACAUUCCAUGGUAUUCACGCCAUCUCCCGGAGCAUCAAUCCGGCCCCGUCAGCGCCACAGCCACCGGGAAACAGGAAACCACCAACGACCGGCAUCGAGAGUCUCGAAAGCAGCCAUUUCAGGUUGACAUGUUAUCAAACGCCCACUGGUGUCAAGUUUCUACUAUUCACCAGCCCAGAGCAGCCAAACACAGAACUCGUCAUUCGACGUUGCUACGAAAUCUAUGGCAACUUCGUGAUGAAGAAUCCCUUCUACAGCAUGGAGAUGCCCAUUCGUGUCGAGAAGUUUGAUCGAGCGCUUGGCGGGUAUCUGGUCCGGCCGUCGUGA